UUCGGAUUUGGUGACAGUGAGAGUGUCGAAGCUGAGUGCGAAUUGAACCAGCCGCAAAGUGAGGGAUAAAGCCCACAACUUGAUCUAUAGCCAUCUCAUCCUCCCGCGAGUGCAACAGGGAGAGCGAGCGAGAGUAAAUCUCGCAAAGUAAAUACUAUAUAUCACACAAAUUGGCAAUAUGGAGAACCUAAACAACAUGGAGGGCGGCGAGUCCACGGAGUCCACACACAACACCAAGGUGUCCGAUUCGGCGUAUUCAAACAGCUGCAGCAACAGUCAGUCGCAGCGCAGUGGCAGUUCCAAGUCCCGGCUGAGCGGCAGCCACUCGUCCGGCAGCAGCGGCUAUGGGGGCAAGCCCUCGACGCAGGCCAGCAGCAGCGACAUGAUCAUCAAGCGGAACAAGGACAAGUCGCGCAAGAAGAAGAAGAACAAGGGGACGGGGCAGACGCAGGUGCAAUCCCUGAUCUCGGCGGCCGCCUCCCUGGAGGGGGGCAUAGGUGGGGCGGAGGAGAAGCCGCCGCGGCCCAGCGGCAGUGGAUGCGGGGACCAGCAGACGCUGCAGGACCACCAGCAGCACGGCGAGGAUCGCGGCGAGGCCACGGAGCCGGCGGAGCAGCUGCGCCAGCAGCAGGAGGAGGAGGACGACCAGUCGGGAUCCGAGUCCGAGUCGGCGGAUCGUGGCGAUCUGGGCGCGGCCAAGUCGGAGGCGGAGCAGAGCUUCCCCAUCCCCUCGCCGCUGUCCGUGACCAUAGUGCCGCCCUCGAUGGGCGGCGGAGUGGGCGGCUGCGGGGGCGUGGGCCACGCCUCCGGCCUGGACAGCGGCCUGGGGAAGUUCGACAAAGCGUGGGGCGAGUCGACGCCGGGCAAGCUGGAGUCCAUGGCGGGCGUGAGCGCCGCGGGAGCGUCGGGCGGGAUCCCGGGCAGGGUGAAGGAGGACAGCUUCUGCUGCGUGAUCUCCAUGCACGACGGCAUCGUGCUCUACACCACGCCCAGCAUCACCGAUGUGCUGGGCUUUCCGCGCGACAUGUGGCUGGGCCGCUCCUUCAUCGACUUUGUGCACCUCAAGGACCGGGCCACCUUCGCCAGCCAGAUCACGACGGGCAUACCGAUCGCCGAGUCGCGGGGCAGCAUGCCCAAGGACGCCAAGAGCACCUUCUGCGUGAUGCUGCGCCGCUACCGGGGCCUCAAGUCCGGCGGAUUCGGGGUGAUCGGGCGGCCGGUGAGCUACGAGCCCUUCCGGCUGGGCCUGACCUUCCGGGAGGCGCCCGAGGAGGCGCGGCCGGACAACUACAUGGUCUCCAACGGCACCAACAUGCUGCUCGUCAUCUGCGCCACUCCGAUCAAGAGCAGCUACAAGGUUCCCGACGAGAUCCUCUCGCAGAAGAGCCCCAAGUUCGCCAUCCGGCACACGGCCACCGGGAUCAUCUCGCACGUGGACAGCGCGGCGGUGAGUGCGCUGGGCUACCUGCCGCAGGACCUCAUCGGCAGGAGCAUCAUGGACUUCUACCACCACGAGGACCUCAGCGUCAUGAAGGAGACCUACGAGACGGUGAUGAAGAAGGGCCAAACGGCGGGCGCCUCCUUCUGCAGCAAGCCCUACCGCUUCCUCAUCCAGAACGGCUGCUACGUCCUCCUGGAGACCGAGUGGACCAGCUUCGUAAAUCCGUGGUCGCGCAAGCUGGAGUUCGUGGUCGGCCAUCACAGGGUGUUUCAGGGUCCCAAACAGUGCAACGUCUUCGAGGCGGCACCCACGUGCAAGCUCAAGAUAUCGGAGGAGGCCCAGAACCGGAACACGCGCAUCAAGGAGGACAUCGUGAAGCGGCUGGCGGAGACCGUCUCCCGUCCGUCGGACACGGUCAAGCAGGAGGUCUCCCGCCGCUGCCAGGCGCUGGCCAGCUUCAUGGAGACCCUCAUGGACGAGGUCUCGCGCGCCGACCUCAAGCUGGAGCUGCCGCACGAGAACGAGCUGACCGUCUCGGAGCGCGACAGCGUGAUGCUCGGCGAGAUCUCGCCGCACCACGACUACUAUGACAGUAAGAGCUCCACUGAGACGCCGCCCAGCUACAACCAGCUAAACUAUAACGAGAACCUGCUGCGUUUUUUCAACAGCAAGCCGGUCACGGCGCCGGCGGAGCUCGAUCCGCCCAAGACGGAGCCGCCGCCGGAGCCGCGGAGCACCUGUGUCAGUGGCGGAGCCAGUGGACCGAUGAGUCCCGUCCACGAGGGCAGCGGGGGCAGCGGCUCCUCCGGGAACUUCACCACCGCCAGUAAUAUACACAUGAGCAGUGUGACCAAUACGAGCAUUGCGGGAACCGGUGGAACUGGAACGGGAACUGGUACGGGAACUGGUACUGGAACUGGUACAGGCACAGGCACAGGAACCGGUACCAAAACAGGAACCGGAACGGGGAAUGGAACCAACUCUGGAACCACCGUUACCACCACUGGCACCACCAGCUCCUCCAGAGGAGGCGGCGCCGCCUCUCCGCCCAUUACCCUCACCGAAUCCCUGCUCAACAAGCACAAUGACGAAAUGGAAAAGUUCAUGCUGAAGAAGCACCGCGAAUCGCGGGGACGCACCGGGGAGAAGAGCAAGAAGUCCGCCAAUGACACCCUCAAGAUGCUCGAGUACAGUGGCCCGGGACACGGGAUCAAGCGGGGCGGCUCCCACUCGUGGGAGGGCGAGGCGAACAAGCCCAAGCAGCAGCUGACCCUGGGAACCGGCGAUGCCGGGAGCAAGGGAGCGGGAGCCGGCGGAGGUGGAGGCGGGGGAGCAGCAGCGGGCUCCGGCGGGGUGGGAUCGGGAGGAGCAGGGGUGGCAGGCGGAGGAGGAGGAGGAAGCGUGCCACCGGAGGGCAGGACCACAACCACGACAUCGGGAGCGGGAACCCCGGGCGGCGGCGGAGGGGGCGGAGCCGGAGGAGCGGCGGGCGCCACCUCCUCCUCGGUGGGCAGCUCCACGCCAGGACCCUCCUCCUAUCCCUCCUGCACGCAGAACAUCAAUCUCUGGCCGCCGUUCUCGGUGGGCAUCACCCCGCCCGUCCACUCCACGCACACGGCCAUGGCCCAGAGCAGCUUCUCCUCCGCCGGCCUCUUCCCCACCUUCUACUACAUCCCCGCCGCCUCCCUGACGCCCACCAGUCCCACGCGCUCGCCCCGGAUCCACAAGCAUCCGCACAAGAGUGGCGUGGAGCUGCCCACCACCUCGCAGCAGGCGGCGGCUGCAGCGGCGGCCGCCCAGGCCAUGCCGCUCCAGUACAUGGCCGGCGUGAUGUACCCGCAUCCCUCCCUCUUCUACACGCAUCCGGCGGCGGCGGCCGCCACGGCCAUGAUGUACCAGCCGAUGCCCUUCCCCGGGAUGGCCAACGCCCUGCAGAUUCCGGAGCGGCCGUUGGGCUCCCAGUCGGCGUACAACAAGACGGUGUAUACGGCCACGCCAGUGUCCAUGACAAAGAAGGUGCCCGGCGCAUUCCACUCGGUCACCACUCCCGCCCAGGUGCAACGGCCCUCCUCGCAGACCACCUCCGUCAAGGCGGAGGGUGCGGGGUCCAAUGCGGCGGGUGCUGAUCCCUGCAAGAAGGAGGUGGUGGCGCCCGACUCCUCGCCCAUCGCGUCCGUGAUGGGCGACUACAACUCCGACCCGCCCUGCAGCAGCAAUCCCACCAACAACAAGAAAUACACGGACAGCAAUGGAAACAGCGACGACAUGGAUGGCUCCAGCUUCUCCUCGUUCUACUCGUCCUUCAUCAAGACCACCGACGGCUCGGAGAGUCCGCCAGACACCGAAAAGGACCCCAAGCAUCGUAAGAUAAAGAGCCUCAGCACUUCGGAGAACAAGAUCAUGGAACACCCCGAGGAGGACCAGACGCAACACGGGGAUGGGUAGUUGCCAAACCCGCAGUUGCUGCUGACCGACGUACACAAUCGGGUGCACCAAGUCGAUCCCUAGGACGAACCAACCAGCAAGCAGCAAACAGCAGGCACCGAGGACCAGCAGGGAUCCUAGAGAAGAUUCUCCGAGUCUACGAAUCUGAUUGAAGCAACGAAACACCGAAUGAGAUGGUCCUUCAAGGAUCUGUAAAAUCAAUGAAAACAGAGUAUAAUGUGUAGAUCUCAAAUCAGAAACAUCAAAUGUGUUAAAAUUCUUCAAACACUGCAUCUCAGCUUAAAAUAUUUUAUUUAUAUUUCGUUUAAACAGUCUUAUAUUUAUUUAUUCCGUUGCGUAAUAAAUUGCAAAACUCCAAACCCCGACACUCCCCA